UUGACAACCAAGAUUCUCCGCAAAACGACAUCAUCUACGACGGCGAUCACGACGGCGAUCACGACGGACAGAUGGGUUGAUAUAAACUGAAUGGUUUCACCGCGGCAUAUGAGAUUCACCCGCCUUUUCAGCAAAGCUAUGGUCCCAAAACCACCACCAACCUUACCCAGGUUCAACUCGUCUCACCAACUCAACAUUCCAACUACAUCCUCACUCCAAGUCAACAUCAACACAUCAACAACAACCAUCGCCAACAUGUCCUCCUCCACAACCGCCUCAACACCCCCCGCCCUCUCCGACCCCGACGUCCCAACCCCUCUCGCCCAACCCGGAGAAAAGAAACAAAUCAAUCUCCUCCGCGGCUGGCCCUCCCCCCACCUGCUGCCCCCUUCCAACCUCCUCAACGCAUCCCACACCCUCCUCUCCUCGCCCGACGAAACCCAAUCCAAAUUCAACUUCAACGUCCCCGCCCUCCAAUACGGUCCCGACCCAGGCUACCAACCCCUCCGCCACUCCCUCGCCGCCUGGUUGACACAAAACUACCACGCCAACGAGACCUACCCGCCCCAUGGCUUUCCCACGUUGACGACGGCCGAACAGAUCUGCGUCACGGGCGGGGCGAGCCAGAACCUGGCGAAUGUCCUCCAGGGAUUCACGGAUCCGGCGUAUACCAGGGCCGUGUGGGCGGUUAGUCCGUGCUAUUUUUUGGCGGUGCCGAUCUUUGAGGAUGCCGGGUUUGCGGUGGGGAAUGGCAAGUUGAAGGGCGUGAGGGAGGCGGAGGACGGGGAGGGGGUGGAUUUGGAGGAGCUUGAGAGGGGGAUUAGGGAGGUGGAGGGGGGGAAGGAGUGGCCGGAGAAGCCGGUCUACAAAACCCCCGGCCCCCACCGUAAAUGCUACAAACACAUCAUCUACCUCGUCGCCACCUCCGCCAACCCCUCCGGCAUCACCACCUCCCUCUCCCGCCGGCACGCCCUCGUCCAACUAGCUCGCAAAUACGACGCCCUAAUCAUCUCCGACGACGUCUACGACUUCCUGCAAUGGCCCGUCCUCCCCUCCCCCACCACCCAGUCCUCAAAACACCUCCCCCUAACCACCACCCUCCUGCCCCGCCUCUCAGACAUCGACAUCUCCCUCGGGCCCUCCCCCCACGACUUGGCUCUUUCAGCGCAUUACACCCGCGCUCCCCGCUCCCCCCCUUCCCUUUCCUCCAAGGGUAGUCCUAACGGAACCACGCCCAACGGAAACGGCCAACACCACAACGACGACAUGGCAGAUGACCACCAACAAGACAAGCAAUCCCUCCACCCGGACCACACCAUUCAAGACCUCCACUUCGGCCACGCCGUCUCCAACGGCUCCUUCUCCAAGCUUUUAUCUCCCGGUCUAAGAACGGGGUGGACGCACUCCACGCCUGCCUUUGCUUACGGCCUCGCCCAAACGGGGAGCACCAGAUCAGGCGGCGCACCGUCGCAGUACUGCGCUGCGCUUGUUCACGAGAUUCUCAGUUCCGGAGCGCUGGAGAAGCAUUUGACGAGCGUAGUCCGCCCCGGGCUGCAGAAGCGGCACGCGUUGAUGUUGGAGACGGUCAAGAAGGAGUUGGUGGGGCCGUUGGGGGUUAAAGUCCUUGAGGACAAUCGUACGGGAGCUGAGUGUAAAUCAGAACAGCCGGCGCUGUUUGGGGGGUACUUUUUGUGGUUGGAACUACCUGAGACGGUACCGUUCACGGCGAAGGAGGUGGCGGAGCGGGCGCUGGAGGAGGAAAGGUUGGUGGUUAGUCCGGGGGAGAACGCGGAGGUUAGUGGGGAGGGAGCGGAGGGGCAGGUCGGGAUUAGGUUCCCGAGACACUUGAGGGUGUGCUUUGCUUGGGAGGAGGAGGAGGAUUUGGUGGAGGGUGUUGAGCGCCUGGGGAGGGUUUUGAGGAAGAUGGUGGAGGAGGCGAAGGAGGGAGGGGGGGUGAAGAAGGUUGGUGGGGAGGGGUUGAAGGCGUUUAAGUGAGGGACUGUGGGUUUGAUUGUAGUUUGUUAUGUCGAAUUGGGAAUUGUCAACCAAUUUGAAUGUGUUUCAAUCAACUCUGAAUUCCGGCCCCGACGUCAGUCGUACGAGGACAUACGUUCCACCCACCAUCGGAAUGACUGAAACUGACGUUUCCGACCGAGCAAACUGGCUUCGUCAUAUGACGUCCAUAUGGGUAUGGUUGAAAGAAGAAGUCUUGAGAAGAUUUUGGAAUAUUCGGACUCAGAUUCCGAGCUCCACGACUGACUGUCGUACGAGAACAACCAGACUACCAGUUGGAAUGAUUGAAAAAUGGCGAUCCAAACGGUACCAACGGUUUCGUCAUAUGACGACCCAAAAAGCCUAUGAAGAGGGCUUCCUUCCCUUGAAGGAAAGGAAAAUCAGAAAGUAGAAAAGUUACCUUAUUCAUUGCUAUCUCUACCAAUAUACUAUACUACCUUUCCA